AGUAAAUGAGCCAAUAAAUGGUUUCCGUGGUCACUGUCAAACCAGCAAUAACAGUCGUUAAAAUCAAGCCAAGCGUGAGCGGUUUUUCUAUGUUAUGUAGCCGGAGUUUGAAGUAGAUUCUCCAGCUUCUGUUUCGGAUGUGAUCUUAAUCCCCUCCAGCCACCGGAAGCGCUAGAUAAAGCCGAGGUUGCAAAGUGCGUCACAUCGCGGAGCAGCUGAGGAUAAACGGAGCUCGCUUUGCGCCGACACUCUCCACUUUUCUGUUUGCACAACAAACCCGAGCUGACGUCUCCGCACCGCCAUGGUGAAGAUCGCUUUUAACUCGGCUCUGGCGCAGAAGGCGCUGGGCAAAGAUGUGCCGGCCGCUGUGAAGGAUCCUGAGCUGGCCUCUGCUCCAGCAGGCAACGAGGGCUCCACAGGUCGCUGUCUGCUCACCCUGCUGGGCAUCGCCUUCAUCCUCAGCGGGCUCAUAGUGGGGGGAGCAUGUCUCUAUCGAUAUUUCACCCCAAAGAGGCUGUAUCACGGAGCCAUGCAGUUCAAUGACGUGUCACCCGGAGCUGGAGGAGAGAGCCAGCCGUACUACCUGCCGCGGGUGGAGGAGGAGGUGGAAAUCUCUGACAGCAUGGCCGUCAUCAGCGUCCCCCCUCCCCGCUUCAGACCUGGAGACCCUGCUUACAUCCUCCAUGACUUCAACAGGAAGCUGACGGCAUAUCUGGACCUGACUCUGAGAACCUGCUUUGUGAUUCCUCUGAACACCUCGGUGGUCCUGCCCCCUCAGGACCUCAUUGACCUCUUCUCACAGCUGAUGUCCGGCUCUUACCGCAGCUACCUGGUGCACGAGGAUUUGGUGGUGACAGAGCGCAUUGAUGACAUCAAACCUCUGGGCUUCUACAUCCGCCGGCUGUGUGAUGGAAAGGAAACGUACAGAAUGCAACGUCGUGCCAGUCUGCCAGGUGGAGGCAUCCACAAGCGCUCUGCGGACGAGUGUUUCACCAUCCGCCACUUUGAGAACAAGUUUGUGACUGAGACCCGGAUCUGCAAGGCUUGAUGGGAAAGCAUGAGCGUAGGUCUGAGAGAGAGAGAGAGAGAGAGUAAUGAAGGGAGCCAGAGUGAGAGAGAGUGACAGAGUUGAUGGGAGUGGGUGCUGGAGAGAACAACUUUCAGCAGAAAGUUACUUUUGUAUAAAACCCUAACCCCAGUUUUUGCCUCCCUUGCUUUAACCCCAGUGAUAAGUGAAUUUAAGUUCCAGCGUUAUAGCCUAGCCCCCCUCCCCUGCUGUAUUCCCCUGAACCUGUAUAAGUAGCUCAUAGCUCCCUUGCUCAAUUAUAUACUAGCUAGUCUUGUACCGAUAACCAGCGUCAACCUGCUAACUAAGGGUAUAAUUAAGUUUCAUUUGUUCUGUUGGUUUUUGUUCUGUUGCUCCCUGCAGACUAAUCUUAUCGUUACUGUGUUACAACAUCUGGUCUCCUCCAGAUAAGAGUUGCUAGUCAUUUUACUGAAUAUCCUCGUGAUACUGAGAAGUCAUUCAUAUCAGACCUGUCUGUGUGUCAGCCUACUGUUCCCACUCUUAAUGGGGUUUAUAGAGCAGCCUUGAUGUUACAGUGUUUUAUAGCAUUAGUCACCCUGGAGAGUUGUGGUACUGUACAGUUACAGUGCACCUGUAUUAUGUUGGUCGUUGUUUUGUUUUGUUUUUUUUUUUUUGAAUGGAUGGUACCAGAGAUGCACAAGCCCAGUCUCUCAGUCACCACUCUGUAGAUAUUUCCCAGAGUGCCCCGCUGCUCCCAGAGGCCUCUGCUGUCCUGGUGUGUGAUGAUUCCAUGUAAACCUGAUGGUGAACAGCCCAGCACCCUAUACAACCAGUGUAUGUGUUUGUGUUGAAACCUCAUUUGUGAUAAUAAACUUGAAGGAUGGUUGAUGAGCUGAAGGAAUGUAUGAGCUAAAGGGAAAUUUCACCAAAUUUGACUCUUGUUUUUGAAUUCUUAUUUAUAAAUUUGUAGUCCCAUCACAUGGAAUUACCUUUACUGAGACCAUAAGAAAUAAGUUCCUGUAAGUUCUUUUUGAACAACAACAUAUAUUAAAAUUGUGACAGGAACAAAGUAUCUGCAUAAUUCUUUUAUUUGGUUUUAAAAGUCAGAAGAAAAAAAUGGCCUUUUGCUAAAUAAAGUCAUUUUCAAAAGUUUCCCACGCAAUGUCUGCACAGAGAGACAAUCAGACAGGAAGUGUGCUUGUACAAAUGUGUUUCUGUCUCAGCUUUUUAACUGAAUAUCAGAAGAUUAGAUAAAAAAAACAAUGUUGUGUGCAGCUACUGAACUGAACUUAACUUUGUUGUUGAAUAAAGUUGCAUUUCUUUACCUACUGAA